AAUCUUGAUAUAUAGGUUGCGUUCCCCUCUGCCCUCUCUUCUGGAAACUUGAACCCCCUUGAACCACCUUGAACCUUCGGCUUCAGCAAUUUUGCACAGAAAAAUUGCCCCAAUUUUUGGGGAUUCAGCGAUACGGAUAUAGCAUCAUUAAGCUAUAUGCCAUGGACGGUCGCAAAGUUUCAAUUUUUCUUUAAUUGGAUGUGUCUGAGCGAAGAGGGGCAUCGAAGGAAGCAAUGGGCAGAGUAAUCUCUUUCCUCGUUCAGCCGCGAUUCGUCCUUUUAUACCUUGUUCUUUCAAUCUUCAUCAUUUUCGCGCUCUAUGGCUCUAAACAAGACGAGGUGAUGAUAUUAGAAGAGGAGCCUGAUAUUACACACAGGGUUUUUUUGGAUAUUGAUAUUGAUAAACAGCGCUUAGGUAGGAUCGUGAUUGGAUUAUAUGGCCAUGUUGUACCAAAAACUGUUGAAAAUUUCAGAGCUUUGUGCACAGGGGAGAAGGGCAAGAGUUCUAGUGGCGUAAAACUUCACUACAAAGGAACACCACUUCAUCGGAUAAUAUCUGGUUUUGUGAUUCAGGGUGGAGACAUUGUUCAUCGUGAUGGCAAAGGAUCUGAAUCUAUUUAUGGUGGCACCUUUCCUGAUGAGAAUUUCAAGAUAAAAAACUCUCAUGCUGGUGUUGUUGCUAUGGCAAAUUCAGGACCUGAUUCAAAUGGCUCCCAGUUUUUUAUUACCACAGUGAAGGCCUAUUGGUUGGAUGGUGAGCAUGUUGUCUUUGGAAAGGUUAUUCAAGGCAUGGAUAAUGUGUUUGCGAUCGAAGGGGGAGCUGGAACGUAUAGCGGAAAACCCAGAAAGAAGGUGGUGAUUGCAGAUUGUGGAGAGAUACCCAAGAGCCAGUGGGAUGAGGAAAUUUCAACUUCCAAAUCAGUGACAACAACAUAAGCAUAUUUUUUUUUAUCAUACAUUGCACACCUCAAACUAAUGGGAUGAGUAAGGUUAAACUCUAGUAUCCGAGCCAAAGCUUUUAAGAAAUUAGUUCUGAUAAAAUUUUAGUUCAAUUUUUAGCAUGACAAUUUUAGUAGCUUGUUUGAUAUUUAUAGUCUGUUUCAAGUCCUUUUCUGUGUAUUGUAUUUUUCCCAAAAGUCAUUUUGUGUAUUUGUAUUUAACACCUUAUAUAAACAAAGCUGUUAGGGUUGGCUGUAGAGAAAGGAAAGAAAUUAACAGAAAUAUUUACUUGUUCUAUGCACAAAUAUAUUGUCAUUA